AUGGUGUCAGAAGAGGGCAACACUAUGGACAAUACCGCUGCCGCCGUGGCGGAGUCGCUCGACGACAACGGCCUCCUGGCGUCGACGCUGAGCCACGCGGCCAAGUGCAGCGGCGGCAAGCUCAAGGACCUGUACCACUUCGACGCAAAGGCCGACGUCUUCCCCGACUACGUCGCCGCCGCACACCCGAAGCUCGCGGCUAAGAUGUCGUGCAUCCACACCGGCUUCUUCACGACAAGCCACCGGAUCCUCCCGAGCGCCUACUUCAGCAAGCCGGUCCCGCACCUGGAUGUCAACGCCGACACGGGCAGCUUCGUCUGCGCCGUCCACCAGAUGCCACCCGGCGGGGCGUACAUACAUGGCGGCGGGCGAGUAUACCUCAGCUGGCCCGAGUUCGCGGCGGCCUGGGCGCGCGUCACGGGCGCCGCGAUCCGCUACCGGGAGAUCAGCGUCGCCGAGAUGGUCGACCAUCUGAUCCCCCACCCGGACCUCGGCCUCGAGGUCGCCCUGAUGUUCGCCUACUCAUCCGAGCCGGGCUACGACGGCGGGAUGCGGCUGCUCCGGGCCGGGGACCUGCGAAAGGGGAGAGAGAGAGAGAGAGAGAGAGAGAGAAGCUCAAAACACGCGGACAUCGACUGCCUAAUGCUAACCGUGGAGGAGUCGCUGGCGCGGCAGGAGUGGGCUGCUGUGCUGGGCCAGCAAUGA